UUUAAUAAACUUUGUUGUCAAUUUCUUUCCGGCAAGCAAUUUUCAAAUCCUUCAUGAUCUUUAAAAUGUUUUAAAAAAUGGGCAAAAAUUAAAUUCCAUAAUUCCAAGUGAUGAAAUUUAUGGAAUUGAUUCAUGCAAAAUAAUUGGGCUUUGGUGGGGGCCCGACAUCAAAUAAAUUUCCUUUGAAAUAAAAAUGAAUUUGAAUGAGAUGUCAUGCAUGCUAUUAGUGUUUCUUUAUCUGGUUUGAUGAUAUGAGUGAUAUACUUCAUGCUCAUUACUAUGCGCUAAUCCCAUUUUGUGAUAGCGCGUUGCCAUUUGCUGAUCAGGUACGCAUCCACUUUCACUUCGGUUAUCCUCUAUUGCAUAUUCUGAUACUCAUAUGUGCAUGAUUGAUUCGAGUAUUCAUUGAUUUUCUCAUUGAUUGCCAUGUCAGCUUCAUCUCAUUAGUAGAGACCCGACUUUAGGGACUUAGAGAGGUGCUACGGUCUUUACCGUACCUUCCCAAUAAGUAACCUGACCCCCGAACCCGAUCCGGUUUUUCACAGACAGCCUUUUCCAAAAUAAGGAGUCACACUUAGGGUUUUUCUUUCUUAUUUUGUUUACCCUUUAAAAAUAAAACAAAAAUAAGUGGCGACUCCAAGUCAUUUUCAAAUAAUCAAUAAAAAUCAAAAUUUUCAAAUAAUAAAAAUCGAGCUCGCCAUCGAGUGGGAAACGCAUUGAGCCGAAAUGCGGGGUCCACAAUAUGGAAAAUUAAUUAUACACAUAUUACGUAUAAAAUUAUAAAUCCUACGAUAAUUAAAUAAAAGAAACUAAAUUUAGAUGAUAUUUAGAUAUAAAUAAUUAAGAUUAACAUAAAUAGAAAAAAAGAAAAAAAAAAAAGAAAAAAGAAAGAAAGAAAAAGGCUCUAUAAGCUAUAAUGACGUAAAAAAGCUUUUUAAUGUUAAAAUCUAAAAAAUAAAAAAAUAAUAAUAAAAAGGGGAGAGAUGCGACAAAACUCUACUGAAACUUCAAAACUUAGCGUAAAUAAGGACAAUUUUGGAAACCAGCUGUUCAGGCAGUUUGGCCAACGGGGAGAAAUCUGAGCCGUUGGAUUUGUUAAAGGGCGAAUCCGUGGGCCCAAUAGUCCACCAGAGCAACGAAUAUUCCUAAAUUAUGCGGCCCUGGUGCUAUAAGACUAUUAACGCAAAGAAGAAGCCGGAACAAAGUCAGUAACUCAAAACGAAGCUAAUGUCAGAAGCGUUGAAGAGAGAUUACCAACUGUGCGAGGAGAUCGGUCGGGGACGAUUCGGCACUGUUUUCCGGUGCUUUUCCCCCGUCGCUGAAGAAUUUUUCGCCUGCAAAUCCAUCAACAAGCGAGCUCUAUCCGACCCCGUCGACCGGGAGUGUCUGGAGAAGGAGCCCAAGGUGAUGUCUUUACUCGCUCCUCACCCUCACAUUCUUCAGAUCGUCGGGAUCUAUGAAGAUGAAGCCAGUCUUCACAUGGUCAUGGAGCUCUGUGAUUCCUCCGAUCUUUUCGCUCGAAUCAACAAUCAAGGGUUCUUUCAUGAAUCGGAGGCGGCUUCUGUGAUGAAGCCGUUGCUGGAGGCUAUCGCGCAUUGUCACCGUAACGGCGUCGCUCACCGGGAUAUCAAGCCGGAUAAUGUGAUGUUUGACUCGCGGCAGAGGCUGAAACUGGCAGAUUUUGGGUCAGCGGAGUGGUGCGGAGAGGGAAGGGGGAUGAAAGGAGUCGUCGGCACGCCGUACUAUGUGGCGCCGGAAGUGCUUUCCGGCAUUGAGUACACUGAGAAAGUGGACGUGUGGAGCGCCGGAGUGAUUUUGUACGUAAUGUUGGCGGGAGUUCCUCCUUUUUACGGCGACUCCGCGGCGGAGAUAUUCGAGGCGGUUCUGAGGGGGAAUUUGAGGUUUCCGACGAGAAUCUUCAGGACGGUGUCACCGGCGGCGAAAGAUUUGCUCAGGAAGAUGAUCUGUAAGGAUGUUUCAAGGCGAUUGUCGGCGGAACAGGCACUGAGACACCCAUGGAUCACAAACGGAGGAGAGAUCUGAAGUUGUGAACUCAAACUCAAACGGUUAAACCGAGCUCUGUAUGUUGUACAUAUACACCGUCCCCUGGUUUCGGAGAGAGACAAAAACCCAGUCAAUCUACAUGAGGGUUUUUUUUCUUUUUUCUUUUUUUCUUUUUUACCUGAGAAAAUGUAAUGCAGAGCGAAUGAUAAUGAGGCUGUAUAUAUGAACGGGACUAGAAUAAAGUUCAUAUUUUGUGAAUUAGAAAUAAGAAUCUUUUUUCCUUUGCAA